AGAAAAUGGAAGCCGCUGUAGCGCAUCCCGUUGCUGUUCCCGCGGGCCGACGAAAUGGCAUUGCUAGGAGGUCCGCCGAACAACCUCACAACCAGAACGCUCUACAGGACGGCAAUUACAUUGCCGUCCUGCCGACGAAACUUGGCCCGGAACCCGCCAGGCAAGCGUCCACGGCGGGGAAGAACCAGGACGGCAGCGCGGUGAAACCAGACACCGCUCCUCGUAGCGCCGAACAGCCUGUUAGCAGUCCACAUCAACCUCCCGACAUCGCCGGCAGUCAGCUUGAGGGUACGAAAUCACAACAGCCCUGUGCCGUCGACGAGCGGGAGUCAGCCUCGGAACACGCCUGGAUGAACUGCGCGGUCCUGUACCUCGUCGUAAUUGUGAUCGUCGGAAGCCUGAUGGUGGCCUACAUGCUACGUCAGCGAUUCGCCAAGCCCAGCGACGACAACUCGACCGUGUCCCCACUGUUCGCCGUCUACGAGCAAGUAACGGUAGAGGCAGCCACGCCUGACAAUGAGGGUGUACUCGACGGGGCGGCAGACGAAGCUGCAAGCUCGACCUCCGAACAGCGAGAUGCAACAAUUCCUGGGGCCCAGACAUUCGCCCAAGGCAACCAGCUGGCGUCGACCGACGUUAACAGCGCGGCAGAGGCGUGGACUUCGCAUGGGACUGAUACGGAGCCGUUCACCCGGCAGGAAUAGUGUUGUUGUGUGGCGUGGUUAAGAUUACUUUCUUUAAUAUAUUUAUAUGACACGCUCACAUGAUGUUAACAUUGUUACUGAAAUUUACUUCGCCCGCGUUUCCGCGCUGAAGAAGCUUUCAGUUUUUUUACCGGCGUUUUUUUUUCUAUUACAAAUUACGAUGCCGCUGUUACUCUGACUGUCGUGCUGUAGAUGAAGGCCUAGCUUGGUCACUUGAAUGUAUUGUCUCUCAGAUUUGUCCCACCACAGCCCAUUUCUUCAGCACAAACUCCUAGUGGUUUGUAAAAAAAAAGCACUAAAGGAAUAAAUAUCGCGUCCAUGUGA